GCCGCUUGGUUGAGCACUUUGUGUUAGUUAAUGUAUACAUUUACAACGCAUUAACCUCAGAUGUAAACAUUUACGAAAGCAUUGUUGCGAAGUAUUUGAUAAUGUAUCGUACUCAGGGAAAAGCCUUUACGUAAACUAGGUUUAAAGUGGUUUUAAUAUUUGAUUAGGGUGCUCAUAGGCUGGUGGUUUUAUUCUGUCCUAUGGCAAAUAUUUGAACUAACUCAUGAAUAGACUGCACAUGUAUACAGAAUAUCAAUACACCAAAUGUGCGGUUAGCGAUUAGCUUUCAACGGAGCGAGUGCGCGAUGUAAGCAGUGAUGUAGAUACAUGCAAGUGACGAUUCCAACGACAUCUGCCCGGCGCAUUCAAUGGACGAAGCGCGACUCCGUUUUCUAGAGACGCUGACCGCCGGCUUGGAGAGCAUGCUGCGUACCGGAAGUCACGCCGACACCACCAUCGUCGUCGACGGCAGGGUGUUCCCCUGUCAUAAGGUGGUGUUGAGUGCGAUGUCACCGUACUUUGAAGCGAUGUUCAACCACGACAUGAUAGAGACGCGCGGGGGCAUUGUCACCCUGUACGACAUAGAGCCCGACGUAUUUGACUGUCUAUUGCGAUACAUGUACACAGGUGUCGAGGUGGUUGAUCACAAUAACGCGGAGCAGAUCUUCAAGGCCUCGUCCAUGUUACAGAUACCCUGUCUCCAGCAGCGAUGCGAGGACUUCCUUCUGACCCAAGUGUCCAAGGACAACUGUCUCGGGAUCUGGAAGAUCGCCAGGGCGCACAAUUGCAAAAACCUCGCGGAAAUAACUCUUAUCAGCAUUGUAGAACAUUUCCCAGAGAUAUGUAAUUCGGACGAUUUUCAAAGUUUGGAAGUGGAUGAUAUGGUGGCGCUGUUAAGCAGCGAGUCACUCGCAGUUCCGAAUGAGGAGAGCGUCUGUGAUGCUGUGGUGUCAUGGCUGAAGUUUGAACCCUCCCGCCAAUCUCAUUGUGCAGCCAUAUUCGAAGUCCUCAGAUUGCCGUUGGUGACUCCGGAAUAUCUUUUCUGUCUUUUAGAAGAAGAUUUAAACAUGGGUGACAAGGCUAGCGAUUGCAUUCAAGACGCGUUUAAGUUUCACUUGUUUCCUUCGAGGCGAGCACAUUUCUCUUCCAAACGGUUCCAACAACGUAGGCAUAGCGAGCGGAAUGACUGUUUGGUAAUUAUAGGCGGCUUACUUAAAACAGUUCCCCGGUUCCAGACGACAAAAGAGGUCGUCUGCUACAGUUUUCAGCAGCAGCAGUGGUUCUAUUUGCCGUCAAUGCCAUACGAUCCAGGCUACGAAUUCGCGGUCUGCUCGCACGGGUCGGAUAUCUACGUAUCCGGCGGUUGGUUGAAGCUGCAAGGGUUGGCCGUCUACAAAUCUGAGCAAAACAAGUGGAUCGUCUGCGACACGAUGACCAAUGGCCGGUGUGGUCACUGCAUGGUCGCCACUACUAACGCCAUUUACGUAUUUGGCGGCAGAGACGGGACGGCGCCUGCGUUGACUAAUAUAGAAGAAUUUGACCUCAGGUCGAAGAAAUGGCGAAUCGCUGGCGAACUGAUUUUAGGCAUUAGAUCAAUGUCGUCUGCCGUCGCCGGUGAGGCUGUGUUCUUAUUCGGUGGGAUCACCGAAACUGAUAAAGACUCUGACAAAGUGCAGUGUUUUGACACUCGUUUCGGCACUGCAACAAUCAUUGGCGAUCUUCCUUUUGCAUGUCGGAUCACACGCUCUGUUACCGUAGAUAAACAGGUGUACAUUAUCCUCCCCGAUGGACGGGUAGUAUCACUUGACGAUUCGUUCACCUCUCGAAAAGCAAUCAAGUCUCUAUCAGAACUUUCGUUUUCUUUUGACACGGAAGACUCCGACCGUCCUGCAUCGCAGAUUCCCUUGACCUCCCUUAGGGUGUCUCCUCUCCUACCCUCCCCAUCCUCACCGAAAAACUUCCCUGUUCGGGUCACAGAGAAGGAAAACGCGCUCGGAAAAGUUGCUGGUAAGAUAAGUGGCUUCAACCAGCAUCAUUUUGAAGCGAUCCAGCACAACGGGAAACUUCACUUGGUCGGCGGCAAGACCCCAGACAACACGAUCUUGCGAGAUAUAGUGGUGGUUGACCCAGACGGAUGUAAGAUGGUAGGGCAGAUAGAAAUGCCGGCCGCAAGGUGGUGUUUCGGUUGUGAGAAAAUUGUCAUUCGUAAGGAGUACCUCCAGAAUGCAAUAGGGGUUGUGUAAUAUAUAUUGUUAUACAUUGUUUUUUCGAUUGUGUCAACAAUAUCAUUUUACUUUUUUUUUAACAAUAACUAUUAUUAAUUAAUGUAUUACAUUACCUUCUGAUAUCGACCCGAUAACACCUACAAACAGUUUUGUUAGGUCACUGUCCGAUAACACAAAUUAAGCCCCGCCCACAUUUGCGAUUGUCAUGCAAUGUCUUUUGAUUCUAUUGUCACAUUCAAUUGAUACUAUUUUUGUUGGAGGUUUAAACAUGUUGAUGAAUGGGGGGCAUCGUGAUUUCAACAGUGCUGAAGAGAAAAUUAGUAAAUAGUACACAUCAUCAAUAUGAGUGCAAAAGUAUAUGAUGAAAUAAGAAAACGUCAAUGUAAUAAAAUCGCUUCAAUACCAUUUCAAGUCGAACAAUCGCCAUCUACUGUAACUAACAUGCAUGUUUAAUUUUCUUAUUUUAAAGCCUCAUCUUUCGAUCCAAAAUUCACAAUCAUGACAAUAUCAACUGUGAUAAUAAGCGCGUAAAUCAUUGUUCAGCUGGCGUGUUCGCUGUGUUGGCAACGGGGUAACACAUCUCAUUGUACAUCACAAUUGUGCUUACGCUUGUGCUUGCAGCCAUUAAAUUAACACAACGUGUAGCUUUGCAAUACAUCUACGUCAAUUAAAGACACUUAUUAAGAAUUCCGCUGGUAAUCAUUAAAAAUUCGUACGAAUUAAUUGUUUGUGUUGUUUUAUAGUUUUUACAAUUAACACAUUUGAAUGAGGCUGUCCGCACAUACUGAAGUGUGCUGUAUGUGUUUGUUUAUGAAACAUAUUGUAGUUGUUUAAUGCUUUAUCUCACGACAAGUAACACUUUCUCGCUUCAAGUUUUUGUUUAUUGAUUAACUAUGUGCUAAAAUGAUGUAUUGAUUAAGUAUGUGCUGAAAUGAUAUAUUUAUUCAAUAUGUGCUAAAAUGAGAUUAUGUAUUACUUUAUCAAGAACUAUUUCAUAUGUUAAUAACGUAUCGAUCCAUGUUGACCUUAUUAGGUUGUCUCAUUUACAUGUUGUGCAGUACUGUAAAUUGCUAAAUUUUAGCGAGUUUUAUGUUGAUUUAAUUAUUUUUGUCAUAAUUUUUUGAGUAUAGAAUUUGCAUUAUAAUUUAAAUACAUAAAUACCGUCUUAUAAUAGAAGAUUGAUAUUGGACUCGGAUGAAUAUCGGCAGGAGAGCAUCGGCAAGCCUCGACUUACUUUUGCCGUUAUCAUCUUCGUUGGAUAUCAUUAUCUGUUAUCAUAUUCUCUGUUACUGACUUACUUUUUUACCGAUGAUAUUUUAAACAUAUUUUGUUUCGCGAAUUCUUUCCGUGCAUGUUGUUGUAACACUAUUCAUUUAUUUAAAUAAUGCUAGUAUAUUGGUGGACAAAUUGUACAAAUAUCAUUAUGUAAGUAUAUUGGGUGACUAGUGAUACACAUAUAAUAAUGUUAAUAUAUUGGAUGACUAAUGUCACACAUAUAAUAAUGUACGUAUAUUGUUGGACUAACGGUACAAAUAUAAGAAUGUAAUUAUAUUGGGUGACUAAUGAAACAAAUAUGAUACUGUACGUAUAUCGAAUUACUAAUGAUUCAACUAUAAAUAUGUUAGUUUAUUUGUUUACUAAUGCUACAGAUAUAAAAAUAUAAGUAUAUUGGGUGAUUGGUUAAACUACUUAACGUUUAGAAAUGUCAAUUUAGGAGAAAUUCAAAAUUGAAAUGUUAUUUCUGUGUAAUGAACAUACCGUUUGUCCCUUCUUUUUGGAGUAAAAUUUAAUAAUUAUCCCAAAGAAACAAAAUGUCCUCUAUCAUAUUUAUCGUCAUUUUCUGUGACAUUACACAGAUCGUUUUCUUUCUCUUGAAAUAUUUGACAAUUCUUUUUAUCACGCCCCAUAUCUGUACCCGUUUUAAGCUUACCUGAGAGCAAUGUGCUUAUGGUGAGCUUUUGUGUUCGCGUUUUGUCUGUCGUACGUCAUGUGUCGUCAUCAUUUGCAUUUUAACGCUCUGGAGGCCACAUUUAAUGACCGAUCUUCAUGAAAUUUGGUCAGGAGAUUUUUGCCAACGAUAUCUUGGACGAGUUCAAAAAGAGUUCCGGCUGGUUAAAAAACAUGGCCGCCAGGGGGCAAGGCAUUUUCUAUUAAAUGGCUGUAGUAAAACCUUGUUUAUACUCUAGAGGCCACAUUAAUUGUCCGAUCAUCAUGAAACGUGGUCAGAAGUUUUAUUACAAUUAUAUCUUAAACGAGUUCGAAAAUGGUUCCGGUUGGUAAAAACACAUAGCCGCCAGAGGGGCGGGGCAUUUUUUUAAAUAUGGAUAUUGUAAAACUUGCUAGCACUCUAAAAGUCAAAAUUAUGGUCCAAUCUUUAUGAAAAUUUCUCAGAACAUUUGUUCGAAUAAUAUCCUGAAUGAGUAUGAAAAUGGAUGUUGUCAAAUGAAAAACAUGGCCGCCAUGGGGCCUGGCAUUUUUCUUAAUAUGUCAGUGGUAAAAAUUUGUUAACACUCUAGAGGCGAUAUUUAUUGUCUGAUCAUCAUGAAGCUUUGUCAGAAGAUAUUUACCAAUUAUGUUUUGGGCGAGAUCGAAAAUGGUUCCGUUUGGAUGAAAAACAUGGCCACCAGGGGGCGGGCGUUUUUCCUUGAAUGGCUAAAAUAAAAAUUUGUUAUAAUUCUAAAAGUCACAUUUAUUGUCCAAUCUUUAUGAAACUUGCAGAACAUUUGUUUUAAUACUAUUUUGUAUGAAUUUAAAAAUGGUUCAUGCCUGUUGAAAAACAUGGUCGUCAGGAGGCUUUGCAUUUUUUCCUAAUAUGGCUUUUUAUGUGAAUAGUUAAACCUUGUUAACACUCUAGAAGCAACAUUUAUGAUCUGAUCUUAAUGAAACUUGGUCAGAAGAUUUAUCCCAAUGAUAUCUUGGACGAGAUCAAAAAUGGUCCCGGUUGGUCGUAAAACAUGGCCGUUAGUGGACGGGGCAUUUUUUCUGAUAUGGCUUUAGUAAAAACUUCUUAACACUCUAAAAGUCACAUUUAUUGUCCAAUCAUCAUGAAUUUGGUAAGAAAAUGUGUUCCGGUCUAUUGAACAAUUUGGCCGCAAGGGGGCGGGCAAUUCAUCCUCAUAUGGCUUUAUUAAACCUAGUUAGCUCUCUACACGUUAAAUGUAUAGUUCACUUGUCAGGAAACUUGGUAAGAACAUUUGUUCUUAUGUUAUAUUGGGCGGCACAGAACAGGUCAGUUCCUUUGUAUCUCAGGUGAGUAACUUUGUGCCUUUCAAGCCCUCUUAAAUAAAAAAUAUGGUAUGAAUUUAAGAUCCUUAAAACAUUGCGUGUUAAUGGUGUAUUGAAUCUGUUUUGAACUAAAUCUCAUUUUGACAAUACAAAAACUUUGUACAGAACGUAUUUAUUUAUAGCAGAUCUGUUUGCACGGAAAAUUACUGUUAAUAAACUAUUAUGCUUCUAAAAGUUCUUACAUCAGUGCUCACUAGGGCUAUGAAGGUCGUACGAAAAAAUAAUAAUACGACGCACUUUUUUUUAAUACUGUUUCAACGAAAUGCAUUUAACGUAUUUUUGUUAUUAUUUUGACAUACAUAAUCGUAGUGUAUACAUUUAUUUAUUUAUUUACAAUCGCGUGUAAUGGUCUAUAUUUUAUGGCUUAUUGCCACGCUUUCAAUUUUGUUAUUUCAAAUGUUAAUUCUUCAGGUAGUGUAUUGUUAUAGCUUGUUUAGGUAUUGUUUUAUACAUGCUUACUCUUUAUGUUGUAAUACUAUUAUAUUAGUCUUAAAUAAAAGUGAAAAAUA